AUGCGAACGUCUUCCGUCCAGGAUGCAUCGGUGUUUGGCCCAGUAUGUGUCGGUACCGGCCAGAAUGUCACUGAAGACACAGCCGAAGAUUGUCUCUUCAUCAACGUUUUCACCCCAUCCAAUGCUACACCAGGAUCCGACCUCCCUGUCUGGGUGUAUAUCCAAGGCGGUGCAUAUGCGACAAAUUCAAAUGCAAACUACAAUGGCACCCAGGUGAUCCAGGAAUCCGGACAUGGAAUUAUAUUGGUCAACUUCAACUACCGUGUGGGGGCAUUGGGCUUUCUAGCUGGUCAAAAGGUCCAGCAAGAUGGUGACCUCAAUGUCGGCUUGCUUGAUCAGCGAAAAGCCCUACAAUGGGUACAGAAGCACAUUCAUCUAUUUGGUGGUAACCCAAAUCAUGUUGUCAUUCAUGGUGCGUCUGAGUCCGAGGCACAGUGUAGUCAAUUCAUGGAGGCUGUCGGAUGCUCGACGAUGUCGUGUUUGCGGUCUGCCAACAUCACCGUCAUUCAGAAAGCACAGGCUACUUCACCAGAUCCGACAGAUCCCACACGUACAACGCCCUCCUUUUGGGAUUUCGUCCCAGUUGUCGACGGGACUCUCAUCCAGGACCGUCUAUAUCCUCUAUUUGCACAGGAGAAAUUCAUCCGUGUUCCUUUGAUUGUUGGCGGAGAUACCGACGAAGGCUCCAACUUCGCAUACAAUGCCACGAGUCCGGCCGAUGUAUCCGAGUCCUUGACUAGUCUCUACCCUAGUCUAAGCUCAAACCAACUACAGUCGAUCAAUCGUGCUUAUCAGGGUAUGGAGUCCAUUCCGCUACAUGCAGAAUACUUCCCUGCUGCCUCCGCCGCGUUUGGAGAUGCUGUCUUCACCUGUCCAGGCAUUCAUAUGAGCACUCAAAUGACAAGGGCUUACCUGGUGGGUGGUGAGAAGGUUUGGAGCUAUCGAUAUAAUGUCCAGGAUCCCGAAACGCUGAACAAGGGCCUGGGAGUCCCGCAUACCUUCGAGACAGAGGCCAUUUUUGGACCGGGCUACGGGGGCGGACUUAGCAGCAGCAUUACUAACAUCAAUGCCGGAAUUGUUCCUAUUGUCAUGAAUUAUUAUAUCAGCUUUGUGAAAACGUUGGAUCCUAACAGUUUCAGAGCUGAGGGUGCACCUUACUGGAUGCCAUGGGGCGCAGGAGAGAGGUUGAAGAUACAGACAAAUCAGACGGCAACGGAGGUCAUCCCAGGAACGCAAAAGGAUCGGUGUGCACUGUGGGAAGCACUGUCUCCUGUCAUGGAUGUUUAG